UGCGGUCGCCGUGCCCUGCCUCGAGCAGCACUGAGCUCCUCCGCCACAGCUCGAGCAGCGGUUCAGUCUGGAUCCUCCGCGUACAGCCUACAACAAUCACUCACAAUUGCAGGAGCCCCCUUUUCUUCUUUUGGAAGAUAAUUCUUCACCAUGGGCGACAAAAAGAGCCCUACCAGGCCAAAAAGACAAGCAAAACCGAGUGCCGACGACGGCUAUUGGGACUGUAGCGUCUGCACCUUCAAGAACACCGCCGAGGCUUUCAAAUGCAGCAUCUGCGAUGUGAGGAAGGGCACAUCCACAAGGAAACCCAGGAUCAACUCUCAGCUGGUGGCCCAGCAGGUGGCGCAGCAGUACCCCAUGCCCCCGCCGGCCAAGAAGGAGCGACGGGAGCGCAGCGACCGCUCGGACAAGGACCGCCCCGACGGGGACGGGGAGCGGGCCGACGGCGAGGGCCCCGGCGAGGGCCCCGGCGACAUGGAGGGCCAGCACCCGGGAGCGGAGGGCCGACCAUACGGCGAGGGCCGCCCGGAGGCUGAGCGCCCGGAGCGGGUAGUCCCCAGGCCCGAGGCCGAGACCCCCGAGAAGGACACGGACAAGGAAAAGGAGACGGGCAAAGACAAGGAGAAGGAGAAGGAGAAGGGCAAGGAGAAGGGAGACAAGGACAAGGAGAGUCCGCCCGCCAUCAAGGACAAGCCGGACCGGGAGAAGGACAUCAGCCUGGCCGUCACCAAGAAGCCCGGCAGCAAAAAGAACAGACCCAAGACAGACCACCAGAGCCCACCCAGCGACAAACACAGCAUACAGUCUGGGAAGUCUGCAACCAAGACCAACAAGACCAAGACAAGUUCCCACAUCUCCAGGCCCAAGCUGAAGAACGUGGACCGGAGUACCGCCCAGCAGCUGGCCAUCACCGUGGGCAACGUGACGGUGAUCAUCACAGACUUUAAGGAGAAGACGCGCUCGUCCUCCACGUCCUCGUCCACCGUCACGUCGUCCAGCGCCGCCUCCGAACACCUGCACCAGAGCUCCGGCUCCGAAUGCAUGGACAAGGGCUCGUCCCGCGCCUCCACCCCCAAGGGGGACCUCUCCGUGGGGCACGACGAGUCGUUCUAAAGGUGGGGGGGACGCUCCACCUUUAGAACGGACAGAGGGCGGCACCGGAGGGGUGGUCCCGACUCCCCGACGUCCUCUAUCCACUUUGACCGUCGACUCCCCCUCCCCUCUCCUCCACCUCCCACACCUCCCCUCCACUUUGGAUCCCUAGAGCCCCCCCCCCCCCCCCCCUGGGGUGGACUGACGGGAACCCGCCGGAUGGAGAUGUUACCAUGGCGGCAAUGGAGAAGCCAUCAGCCUGCUCUGAAGCGAGCGAGUGGAUUUCAACCCUCCCACCCCCCCCGUGAGCCGAGUCGUCCCAGGGCGAGCCCCUCCCCCCCCCCCCCCCCCGUGGUAGCAUCCAGACGCUUGUAUGUAUUAUUUUUUAUCCGUACGUGGAUGUGAGGCCAUUUCGACUCUUUUUCGUCUUUAUUUCAUUUUGUAAAGAAGAAUUCUCCACUGUGCACAAUAACCAUCAUUAAUAACUUUUAAUAUCAUGAUAUCCCUUAUUUAUUACCUGUUGCACCUGUAUACUAUUUUAUUUUCUAUUUAGUUUUUUGUCGUUGAAGCUUUGCUGUGUAGUUCUGCCAAUCGAUAGCUCCCCCCUCCCCCUAAGUGUUUUCUUUUUUUCUUUUUGUUUAAAGAUGUACAAUCCUCAAUAAUCUGUCACAUACGCACACACACACACACGCACUCGGACAGACACACACUCACACACCCCACUGGUGCUAGAUACACUGUGAAGCGUUUUUUCUUUAUCUCCAGACCUGGGCUCAGGGUCCGACCACGCAGGACCCCCUUCUACUCUUUCCAUACCUCUCCCUCUACCACGGCUGACCUUUGACCCUGGCUGUUACCUCUGGGCAGGCACACGCAGGGAUAUUUAUAGUUCAACCUUGAGUCAGAUGGCUCAACACCAGUUCAACGACCCCAUUUAAAGAUUUUAGUUUUGAGCUACUUAAUCUGGGGUUCUUUCGCUAAGGGAGUACUCCUCCCCUCCUCCUCCUCUUCCUCGCCCUUCUCCCUCCUCCCCCACCUAGCGUGGGCUAGUAUGUACGUGGGGGUUAACACUACAGGCUGUUGACGGGCUCUGCCUUCCAUGGAUACUCAGAGUGAGCUGUGAAGGCCCGGCCUUGGCCUUUCUGAAAGCCCGGCUCCCUCCUGGUGGUGCGAGUGUGUAAGGGGAAGGCGGAUGCGGGCCGGUCCCCGCUGGUACAGCCCUGCUCUAGACCUGCGAUGAGCCUCUUGUUCUAGAGGUGUUGUAGGGUUGCAGCUGUAACGCACAUCCAUGGCUGCAGUGGUCAGCAUAGAGCCACCACCCACUCUGACACCUGCGAGUAGGCCUGCUUUUUAACUUUCUUCUCAAGAGCAAAGAACUGAUAGCCAAUGAGGUUUUGUUAAUUUGCUUAUCAUCCUUAUUGAUUUUUAUUUAAGACUCCAUUAUGUGAUUUGAAGGCCAUACGUUCGACUCCAUAGACGCGCGGCGCUCUUUGAAUCGAUCGAAGCGAGAGGUAUUGAUUAAGGGUUUUAGAUCUCCUUCUCGAUGCUAGACCAACAUUUCCUUUUAAACUGUAUGAAAUUGUAAAAAGAAUAAAUGUGUAUAUGAUAUCUUAGUUUUAUUUAUUGAAGGACCAAAGGAAUUUCACGAUGAACUAAUGCAUAGACGGAUGAAUCAGUAAACAGUUUGAGAUGCAAUUAUCAGAUGUGUGCAACGGAUACGCAGUUUAAAAUAAAGUUUAAUAUAAUCCACGCAAACUGUGUUCUUAUUGUUCACUCCCCCCUCUGCGUCAGAGCUAGCCAGCGAGUGGACAAGCACUACCAGAACACAGCCCAUCCCCCUCCCGCUCUCUCUUUCUCUUUUGCUCUCCCUCAUCUCACCCUCGAACCCAUUGCCACAGCCAGCAUAAGAUCCUAAAACCAUGACGCCCCCUCUCCCUCUUUAAGUGGCCCAGCUGCCCUUUCAGACAAACUGCUGGUAGGGUUAAAGCAGACACCGGCUCCCCCAGAGUCGCCCCUUUUGCUCCCCCAUGCCCCUCUGGUGCUUGACAUUGUGCAUGUGAGCGGAACAAGUAGUGGCGGUGGUGAUCAUAAGCGUGUCUGUGUAAGCAAUGGUUUUUACGUGCUAUGUUGUUAAUUGAUUUACGUUCUAUUUACCUAUGGUCAAUAUGUAAUUAUGUAUGUUUUGUUGCAUACUAGGAUACAGCAGGCUUUCUGAGCCAUGAGUUCAGUGGAAACCUUGUACACACUGGGACACACAGGCUCAGAAUGUGAGGGAAUAUAUUUGUCCGAUUUGUUUUGCGUUACCCUGCUUUGUAUUGCAAUCCUAUUUAAAAUGGGCCAGAGAAGCCAUCUUUUCACCUGCCUUAUCUGCAACCGCGUUCACCUGACUGUCCGAGAAGGGUUUGUUUUGUUAAAUUAUUGACAAAUGGCCAUUUGCGGAGUAUAUACGAAAACUGCAAAUGUUGUAAAUAGAAUUUAAAAUGGUCGAAAAGGUCCAACACUAUGAAAAACGGCGACGAAGCUAAACAGUCUUGUUUGUUUCCCCCUCCCCGAUAACCCUCCCUUUUUCCUUCCGCGCAAGCAGUUCUGUUCUUGUGUGCGACCAGUAACCUUAAUUUACUGUGUAAAGAUGGUUACAUUUUUUAGCUUUCUUUGUCAGAGACCCAAAUAUACGAUGCUCGUUUACUGACUGUAUAACCUUGACCGUGAAUUUCCAAUUAAGUGUACUAUAUGGACUCUUCUCACUUUCCUCCUAUAACAAUGUCUUGUACAAUGCUUUAAACAGUUAUUGCUUGGUAAAAAAAAAAUAUGAAUUAAAAAUGUACAUUGAGGGACAGUAUAAUAAUCCAUUCUUUGUUUACUCCUGUUUUGGUUCCUGUUUUGUUCUGUUUUCGCUGUAACUUUCUAGAUGAUAAUGUGUCAUUGUUUCCCCUUGUUGACAUGGUCACAUUAUGUUUGGGAACAUGUGGGAAUGUAUGAAUCCUUUUCAGCUCAUCACUGCUCCUGGUCAGGCUUAUGAUGUUGAAUUACUACACGUUUCCUUUUGGCAUGUGCACGAAGUUGCGCUUCUAGGCUAAUCUUUAUCAUUUCCCCCCCAACCCCUGCCCCCAUUUCCGCUUCAAAUAGAAAUGUCUAUUUAUGAAUUUUGCUUGUAGUUUUUCACAAAUAAAAUUGUUAAAGUUAUCUA